UUUGCRAAAUGCUCUACUUUCAGCUCAUCAAGUGCAAGCAAGAUGGCGACUGUAACAGCCCUUUAGCAUCAUGUCAUGCAAUUUUUAAAUUUUGCAUAAAUUUGCAAUCAAAAGUAUCAGCAACAACGACCAGGAAUCAAUCACCCUGCAAUUGUCUCAACAACGAAUACUGUCAUCCCAUAUUUGYCAGAUGUCUUCCCAUUCUCACGGCUCCAGCAAUACGAAACAGUCGGAAGCCAACUGCUCUCAAAUGCUUCAACGACUCUGACUGUCAGGCCAGCAAAUACUGUCACCAACAAUUCAAAACAUGUCUUGAUAUACUUGCAAUACCAACUCUCGUUACCACAAAAUCCAGUGCCAUCUCCUGCAAAAACGAUUCUAACUGCGCAGUACAGCAAUAUUGUCACACAAUUUUCAAGAUGUGUUUGAUGAAGCCCAAUAUUUCAUCAGUCAAUACUACAACAUCGCAGUCAAGGUUUGCAUGUUCCACCGAUACAGACUGUAAAGCCGGUUACUAUUGCCACAACAUGACAAAUAUUUGCUUUAAAAUGCGUGCGGUUACAAAGUCAAUUCAGUCACGUAUGCCUUCGCCACCMAAGAAGAAAWACUCKUGUAGRAWUGAYUCCGACUGUAGGAUAACUGAGUUCUGCUACCAUAUCUUUGGACAGGUAAAAGUUGUAGCGCGGCAUAAGMGCAAAUGUACAGAUGGAUUAGGAUGCUUUCAAAAACAGUCCCGUCGUGCAACAGGGGCAUGUAUACCAAAGAUUGUUACAUUUGAUCCGCCAUAUUUCAACUGCAGAAGWGAUAAAGAUUGUGGAGAUGGCAAAUGUUGUUUAAAGAAAAUUGGAGUUUGCARAAACAUCCUUAAAAGGGGUCAGCCAUGCGUCACAAAGAAUGCUGAUUUUACCUGYGCAUGCUCAAAAAAGCUCUUCUGUAAAUCAAAUGCCAAAGGAAAAAAGCUCAAGGGAAGACGACUUGAAAGAAAGCUAAAAAUCUCAAAACACAUCCGUCACUUACUUCUAAACAAAGGGCUUCUGUACCAUAAAAAGUACACGUAUGGGCGUUGCCAACAUGUGGCCAAUUAGCUUGUGAUCUUCGACGUAUUGGUUAUGAAUCACGUCUUUAUCGGUCGACGUCGGUAUUUACAGAUAUACUGUGUAUAUUGAACCCUGGACUGAGUAGUGACUUCAGUAUAAUAAAUAGCCUAAAACAUUGGACUUUGCAGGAGACAAAGCUAUAUAGACGCUAAAAAGCGCUCAUGAAUGAUGUUUUUGUCAUAUAUAUAUCCAGGAAAAUAGAAUCAAAAUAUCGAAUCAAUAUCAUGUUAGAAUUACGACAACUGACCAAUAGGCUUGUAAAAUCAUAUAAGCCUGUUACAUGCAUAUAAGAUAAGCMUGAUAUCAAGGAAACCUUAGCAUAAGCCUUAGACACGGUAGUAAUGGGAUGUCUCUAAUGACAGCUCCCAUUUGUUGACAAAGCGCAUCGUGUAAAUCGGUWUUAAAUUUGCCCUUACACUGUUGCAACACAAGUUGCAGAAGAAAUGCAAAGAUUAAUAGGAAUCGCCUUUCACCAUUUUUUUUAUUACAUGUAGCGCUGCACGAAUAAAGUACAACCAUUCGCUGCGCAUUGCAGAGACUUAUUGCACCAAUGAGAAUUUUUGCAUGCAUAGUUUCUCAUUUCAAAUGUCCGCCAUCUUGAUUCUUGCUCCCAGCUUAUCUUGGUGGUAUUGCAAGUUGCAUAGUGRAAAUUUCACAGUGUAUCUGCAUCGUAAUUGAGAAACUGAGAUGCGAAAAUGACUGUUUAGUUUCUGAUGUUUCAGAGUGACUAAACUCCAUUUAAGACCAACACUAGGAAAGGGCGCUAGAACUGAAACUAUGACUUAUAAGAUCCAAAAAUUGCUUAAUYUAUCCAACAUAAGAUAGUCGAUAAUAAAUUGUAAAGUUUUACUUAUCUGAAAUAUACACUGAAAUGUCCUCU